AUGGCUGGCAGGCCUCUGCACCCCCGACUCCAGGAGGAAGAGAAGACUGCCAAAGACCCCGGGCCAAAACCACCACCGCUGAGACCCCUAGGCCGCCUGCCUAGCAUUGAUGAGGCUCGACCCACAGGUCCUGGUCUGAGCCCAGCCUCCCAUCGUGGCUCUGUGUUGGGCCUGAGCACGUCCUUCUCACGCCGCAACUCGCUGGUGGGGCCUGGCGUGGGUCCUGGGGGUCGGCGACCAUCCCUGGGCCCGGUGCCCCCUCUAAGUUCCCGGGUCAGCUUCUCAGGGCUGCCCCUGGUGCCUGCCCGCCGGGUGGCGCCGUCAUACCGCAUGGAGCCCUUGCCUGGGGAGCGCUGGCAGACUGCGCGUGCACAAAGCGCCCUUGAGGAGGCGCUGGCCGCAAAGCUGUACGAUGUGUGCUACUCAGGCUCGGAGGCUGGGCCGCUGGCGCGGGAGCUCUGCGACCAGGUGCGCCUGCGCCUGCGUGAGUUGAGCCCUCCACGCUACAAGCUAGUGUGCAGCGUGGUGCUGGGGCCUCGCGCUGGCCAGGACGUGCGCGUGGUGAGCCGCGCGCUGUGGGACACGACACGCGACGGGCUGGCCUCAGCCACCUUCACCAACGCCUCGCUCUUCGCUGUGGCCAUAGUCCACGGGCUCUAUUGUGAGUGAGGAGGUCUCCAAGUUCUGCAAAAACGGUUUAUUUUCCCAGGAGGAGGCCCUCCCCGGGGCUCCUAUCCCAAUAAAUAAACGUCUGUUAAUAAAUAAAAGUGGUCUAUAAAUAUAAUGCCCCCUAGCUGGGGGCUAAGGCUCAGGCUUUUCUUGGAGAAGGGACAGGCACGGGCCAGGACAGGCAGCCACCAACCCCAGUAAAGCUGGUCCCUGAUUCCCUGCGGUAUUCAGCCCAGAGCCCCCAGUGAGGCACCAAAGGGAGGGGGAGGGCCACAAAGGCAAGGGUCCAGGCCUCACAGGCACAGGCCUCAGGACUGAGGGCUUGGGUCAAGGCCUGCUCUGCAGGUUGGACCCUAGGCAGGACUGCGGUCCCGGAGCAGGUGCAGAGCAUAGCAGAGCCGUUGCCGUAGGUCUGGGGAGCAGCCCAGCUGCCGAAGGUGGGAAGCAAGGUAAGUACAAGCACUGCGAUUUCGGGACACAAAAGUCACAAGGAGAGGCUCCCAGCCACUGAGGAUCAGCUUGGUGUGGUCCCCAUAGAAGUUCACCUGUGCACAGGAGGGCAGCAUGAUCAGGGCCGCAGCUCCAGGACCAGUCUCUUUCCCAGCGCCCUGGGUCUCCCAAACCUUCCCCCCAAUGCUAGGAGUGGCUCUUACCUGGACAGUGCCAUCACUAAACACCAUGAGUAGGGCCUGAUCAGUCUUGACCCACUGCAGCAGCAAUGGGGGGGCAGGCACCUCCACCUCUUCCACACUGGGCAGAUCUCCACCCUGCGGGCAGGUGCAGGUCACUGGUCUCACAUGAAUCAGGUUCCCUCUCCACUGAUGCCUCCCUUAGAGGUCUAGCCUCUAGCUUUGAGUAUACCUCCCUACCCCCUAAAGGGGAAUGGGAAGAGAUCAGGAUGUGUAAGCCCACCAUGUGCCUCACCCCAACUCACACACCUUCAUGAGGUGCUGUUCCAUAUAGGUGGCAAAAUACCGCAGGACACCCAGCUGAGGCUGCAGGGCCCGGGGCACAGUGCCCACAGAGAAGGAGAAGUGCUUUGUGCUGGUGGGGUUGUAGUGCACAGUCCUGGGGGCAGAGGGCAGAGGUCAGAGGAAGCCCUGCGCCAGCGCCCCUCCCCUGAGAGACCUCAAGCCCCUGAGCCCAGAAGCACAGACAAGGCACCCCACAACAGCACUUACUUUCUAUUGGCUGACAGGGCCAUGUGUGUGCCAUCAUUGAAGAGCACAGCCACACGGCGGCUGGACAGUUGAUACCCAAAGCCAAACUUGUUGGAGUAGUCAACCCACUUGCUGACCCACACCAGAGGCUCUGGCUGUGCCAGGGGGGCCGGGUUCUGUUCCGCUGUCAUGGGAAAGGAGGCAGUGAAGACCUGUUCCUGGCCUGCCAGCCAAAUAACUCCCAUCAUCAUUCCAACGACCUGGACCCCAGCCUUACCUGGAGGCAUGAAAGCCACACAGUUUCUCAGAGCACAGAGGGCUGACUCCACCACUGUGGCCACAGUUGGACCUUCUUCAAACCCUGAAGGCAACAGGGCACUGGGAGUUAAGCCUUAGUCCCCUUGGACCCAGGCCAUGUCCCUCUGCCCACUCCCUUCAUCUGGGACUGGGUCUCAGCCCCAGCAACCUCUAGCACCUCUCAUCCUCCCUGGCUCCUCACCAUCUCCACUGCUUGCCAGCGUCCCACGGGGUGAGCUGUCUUCAGGUGCUGUCUCUACCAGGCUGACAGGGGCUGGACCAGAGGCUGCUGGAGCCUGGGGUGUUGGGGAGGGAAAGGGAGUACGAUGAGCCCUGAAAUACAGUUCCUUGGGAUCCCAUGACCCAGCCCUGUCCUGGCUCCCAGGGCACCCCAGGUCAGCCUCACCUGGCUAAUGAGACACAGCCAAUUAGGCUACCACGAGGCUGGAUGCUUUACCAGCCUCUUUUAUCCUGGGCUUCCCACAGCUACAAGAGUGGGGUGAGUCAAGGGACAUUGUCCACGUGAGCACCCACCUCAGGCCUGGCAUCCUGUUGGCCAAGGGAUGUCCGCACGAGGCCGCUCACCAAACAGGAGACCUCGUCCCGCUCCUCAGGAUGGUUCUUGCCUUGCGGGGGCAGGGGGUUAGGGAGAUAUAGCCCUCAGUGUCUUGCUCUGCCCAGGCCCCCUGCUUCCCACAGGGAUGACACAGAGAUAGGCACACCCAAGUGCUCGUACAACACAUGCUCUCCCUAGGAUGUUCACAGGUACCACACAUGUGUAACAGCCCCUUACUCUAUACCCACAACCCACUGACACCCCAGACUCACUCUUGUUCUUCUUCCUGCCAAAGAGGCUCUUGGUAACCUUGGCAAAGAGACUCCUGGCCGGGUUGGGGGGUGUCAGGUCCGGGACAGUCAUGCAGCUAGUGACAGGAAGCUUGUCAGGGGUGUAGCCCUGGAGAAGGGAGCCAUGUGAGAAGAGACGAGAGGCUCCAGGGGUCCUCUCACUUGCCCCCAUUCAAUCUUCUGAGGACAGGUAGACUGGACUUUGGUGUCUAGUGAGCCACAGACCUUGGUAAAGAAGUCAUGGCGCAAGAUCUGGUCGAUCGAGGGGCGGUCUCGGGGCGAGGCCCGUAGAAUGGCAGUCAGGAGCUGCCGGGCAGGCAGUGAAAGGCUAGCAGGCAGCGUGUAGUGAACCUGCUUGAUGCAGCGGUAUGUCUCCUUCAGGUCAGCUGUCUCAAAGGGGGGGCUCCCACACAGCAGUGUAUACCUGUGGGACAGAGGAAAGAGGUCAGGAGUAAAGUGGAGGGUAUGCCCCACCCUUCCACCUACCUGUCUGCCUCUGUCCCGGGACUCACAUGACACAGCCCAGCGACCACACAUCUGCCUCGGGGCCAUGGCCCUGUCUCAGCAACACUUCUGGAGCCACAUAGUUGGGGGUGCCACAGAUGGUCCUGAAAGGGGGCAAGGAGGAGGGGAAGGCUCAGCCCCAGCUCUGCAGUCCCCCUAUCCCUGCCCCCGCUGUGAGUCCAGACAAAGCAGCUGCCUGUCACCAAAGGCAAGAGAGCUUCUGCUUGUCCUGGGACAAUGGAUGCUGGGUAUAGCAGCUGAGUCCCUGCCCACCCGCCUGGCCCAGCUGCUCAGCUGCUCUGCAGGACAGGGGGAGCCCCUGACCCUUCUCCAGGGUCAACAUAGAGGGCCCAUCACUGAUUCCUCCUCCCCCUGCUGCCGUCUGUCAGGCACCCAUACAGGCUGUCACCUCCCACGGUCUGUGCUACACACACACCAACACCAGCUGUCACAUUCCCCCAUAAGCACUCAUCUCCCACAUGUUAUCUGUGUCAUGCACACCCAGUCGUCGUGGCCAUAUCAGGGUCUUCUUAUAUACCUACCGGGUGUCACAUUCUGCCAUUCCCAUACUCUGUCUCUCUCCCACACACACAGAUACACACACUGCCUGUGGCACCUUCCCCUUGUCCACUCACAGGGUCAGUCAGACACCUUCAAGAACCCUUACACCUCCAUCUGUCUCAGGAAGUCAGAGUCAUCUACCCCAUCUGUGUCACACACCCAUAGGGCCCUCACCCCCACUGCCAGUCCCAGUAACCCAGGCUGCCACCUCCACCUUCAUAUGUAAUCAGCUCAUCACCCCCUUCCCCAUCUAUCAUAUGCACACAUCAGGCAGUCACCUUGCCUCCUACACACACACACUCACUGUCGCACACAUCAUCUGUGUCACAUAUAGAUCGAGGCCACUCAUCUCGACACUCACUUCUUCCUCUGCUCUGGGGGCUCCAACCGGGCAGCCAGUCCAAAAUCCCCCACCUUCAGCUCCAUGUUCUCAGUGAUGAAAAAAUUUCCUGGAUGGUGGAAGAGAGAUGUGUCAGACUCCUUCCUGCCUCCCAACCCUUCCCACCCUCCUAUCCUGCUGGCCAUGGAGUCUCACCCAGCUUGAGAUCCCGGUGCAAGAUCCCCCGCUGGUGCAGGUACUUGAGGCCUGAAAGGAUCUGCCUUAGGUAGUAACGCACCUCUGGCUCCAAAAGGGUGUGUCGGGCCUUCCAGAUGUGGGCUAGGGACUGGGGAGAGCCACUGUCUCAGUCCCUGGCCCUCCCUGCCUGACCCUUCCCCCAUCCGUGCUCCCUGAGGAAGAGACAGGGCCCCAGCUUUGGGUUUUAAGGUCCCUUUUCCUGCCCCAUCUCCACCUGCAUCACUUCCCCUCACCUUUCGGCUGCACAGCUCCAGGAAAAUGUAUAUGUUGUCAGCAUCCUCAAAGUGGUGUGAGAAACGCACGAUGUGGCGGUGCUGCAGAUCUCGGUGCAGCUCAAUCUCGUUUAGGAUCU